AAACUUAAAGAGCCCCCGCUCUCCUUGCGAUCUCGCCCAGAGCCGCUGUACACUACUACUACUACUACUACCACUACCGCUUCUACCAGCACCACUGCCCCGCCCCCCAACCCCCGCUGGCCUAGCCCCCAGCGCCGACGCGGGCUUGUGUGUGUGGGAGAGAGAGAGAGAGAGAGAGAGCGAGGCGCAGUGCGUCCAGCCCAAUCGCCACCCGCAGCAACACAACGCGAUCACGAUCUGCCUUGCCACUGUUGCCGUUCGCUCGAAGCAACGCAACACAAAGCAAAGGGGCUGCAGGAGUACGAGACGACGGGCUUGUGCGGGUGCUUGUAGAAAGAGAGAGGAGAAAAAAACGCGGCGAAGGCCGCAAAAGAGAGAGAGAGAGAGUCUUCGAGUGAUUCGCUUGUUGGCCACGAAAUUUGCUUCAGCGUCGGCCAUCUGGCACCGGCGGGCGUGCGUUCGGUCGGGUCUGCCCCCCUUUACUCGAGCAGCCGAAGAAGAAGCACCACCACCACUCACAAGCCCUUCUUCAGGCGAACAGUAAUAGUGAGAGCACGUAGCGAAGCACUACUACUACCACUACUAUCACUAUCACUAGCACCGGCCAACAGUUGCUUGUGCUCCGAGGUCGGCAGUUCAAUUCGCUCCACGUACGCAAGGCCGCUCGAGAGGGUGCUGCUGCUGCUGCAGGUCGAGCGAUCGAUUCCGUGGGCAAUUCGCGAGGCUCGUGGUCGUGGUGACGCAUCGCCACUUGGACGCUGCCGCGAAAGCGGGCGGACUCGGUGCUUGCGGUACCUAUAAAUCGGCUCGCGCAGAUCAGUGUGGAUUUUGGAAUGGAAUGACAGCGAGCAGACAUCGGAUACAGCAGCCAGCCCAAGCAUCAUUCAUCAGCUAGAGAGGGAGAUUGGGAGAACGAGGUGCGUCAGAGAUCGAUCGCGUCGAAAAGGCGAAAAGUGCCCGGGGCUCGAGAGAGGCAGACCAGACAAAGCGGAAGAUAGCGCAAUCGGGAGGGGAUCGAUCGGGUCGAGGCAUUUGCUCGAGCUCUAUGAGUCUAUAACACGAGGCCGAGUCCAGCGCUGAGGGUUCGCACGUCCGGCCGCCGUGUUCCUCCGGUUCCCUAUGGUUCUACAGCUUCUCGUGUCCAGCUUCAAUCUCUUCCUGCCGAUCAGAGAACCGCCCCCGCAUUCCCUGCAAUUCAAAUUCCACAGCCCGCUGCUGUCUCCCACGUCGCCAUUCUCGCUCGGGAGAUCCAGCAGCGUCGUCGGCCACGAGUGAGGACAUCAAUUCACCCCGUCGAAUCAACGAAACCGAAUUUCGCCUCGUAAGAAUCGAUUCAUAGCGUCAGUCAGUCGUCGAACCAGUCGACAUCGGCAGCAGCUGCAGCUGCAAAAAGGAUCAUCGAGAAGCCGAGUGCGAGGAUGGUGCUCGUCAGUCAGUCCAGCACGGACUCGGCCUUCAGCGCCGAGUCGUGGACGACGGGCGAGAGCUCGAGGCGCAGCUCCGAGUCCGGACCGGGCUACGGGCCCGACGAUGGCUGCGCGCGCUGCAUCGCGACGCUGGCGGGCCACUCGGGCGCCGUCGGGUCGCUGGCGGUGGUCGGGGGGCUGAUCUACUCCGGGGGCUCAGACGGGUCCGACAUCCGCGUCUGGCGCCAGCCCGACCUGCAGGAGGUUUGCUCGUUCGGCACGGGCGAGGGCGCCGUGAAGGCGCUUCUGUCCAGCGGGGGGCUCCUCUUCAGCGCCCACCAGGACAUGAAGAUCCGCGUCUGGAAGGCCGGGCAAGCGCAAGCGCAAGCCCCCGGCGCGCGCCCGGAGCCGAAGCUGGCCGCGACGCUGCCCACCAUGAAGGACUACCUGCUGCGCUGCGUGCCCCCGAAGAACUACGUGCAGGUGCGCCGUCACAAGAAGAGCCUCUGGAUCCAACACAACGACACUAUCUCCGUGCUGGCGCGUGGCGCGGGCAAUGUGCUCUACUCGGGGUCGUGGGACAAGACCGUCAAGGUGUGGCGCACGUCGGACUUCCGGUGCGUGGAGUCGAUCGUCGCGCACGACGACGCGGUGAGCGCGCUUGCAGCGGACCAAGGUGGCUACCUGUACACGGGGUCGGCGGACGCGACCGUCAAGGUGUGGGGCAAGGUUGGGGGCAAGAAGCACUCGCUGCUGUCGACGCUCAAGGGGCACAAAUCGAGCGUGAACGCGCUGGCCUUUAGCCCCGACGAGAAGGUGCUGUACUCAGCCUCGAGCGACAAGACGGUCGCGGUGUGGGAGCGCGCCAAGGGGGGAAGCGACGAGCACAUGACCAUGGCGGGGGUUCUGCGGGGGCACCGGCAGGCUGUGCUGUGCUUAGCCACCGUGGGCAACAUCGUCGUCACGGGGUCGGCCGAUAAGACCAUUCGCGUCUGGCGCCGGGGGCGCGACAAUUCGCACUCGUGCAUCGCCGUGCUCGAGGGCCACAAGGGCCCCGUCAAGGCCGUCGUGGCCUCCAUGGAGGCGGUGCACGAAGGCGUGCUCGUCUACAGCGGCGGCCUCGACCGCCUCGUCAAGGUCUGGUACCUGGCGCCCAAGGACGACGGCUUCCAGAGCGACGUCUCCACGGCCUCGCCCCUCGCCGCCAGCCCGCUCAGAUGGCGAUUCUGAGCCCAAUUUUGACCGCGCGAGAUCGGGGCCGAGGCCCAAGGGGCUACUACCCAUCGACGACCACCACCACGAAGCAUGAAGAAUCAGACGCCACAAUGGGCUUCCGUCCGGCCCGACGAUCGAGUCUGCAGGAGGCAGUUUUGACCACCGGCGAUGUCUGUCUGCGCCACGUCCCGAUCGAGCUUGUAAUUCUAGUCUGAAGUGAAGAUUCGGUGAAGUCAUCUUCUGCUUUUCUACCCUUUUCAUUCGCGGCUGCGGGCGGGCUUGGGUGGGGGCUUAGGGGGGAGGCGGGGGCUUCUGCAGCCAUGCUUCUCCCCACAGCGACGGAAGGUGGGCUUCGAGGCGGAGACUGCAGCGACCGGCAGCAGUCCCAGCCCCAGCCCCAGCCCCCGCAGUCUGCGAAUUACGAUAGCGCUUCGUGCUUGUAUGUGCUUAAAGCUGAAGGGUGCGGUGGAAAUUCAGUUGUGCCGCACAUUGUGAUGUAAUUUCCGAACCAGAAAUCGGCCUGCUCCGCCUUCCCGACGCGCAUGCAGCGUUGUUGCUGCACACCACCAUUCGUGAGACUCGACUCUCGCGUUCCAGAUGUGGGCAGCGGAGUCAGUGCUCCCCAAUUUAAAUGAACCACCAUUAACCUCAGAUCGAACGACAGUAUUCCAGCCCACUGCCUGCCUGCCUGCCUGCAGUCGCCCAUGUUCUCUGGACAUGCUCGCGUACAUGGGCGACGAUAAAUUCAACGACGAUACCAUCGCAGCAGCAGCAGUUUGAAGCGUCCCCUUCCAGUAGAUAGAGAGAGAGCGAGAGGCUUGGUGCCUCCUUGUCAUAGUUGCCACUUGAAGACCAUUGUUUGGUGCUGGCGGUUAGAGAGAUCGACCGAUGCACACACAGAUCGAUCGAGAGAUAGAUUGAUAAACAGAAAGAUCGGGAGAUAGAUUGUAGUCGGGAGUUUGCGGGGCCAUGUUGGACGUGUCCACUUGUAUCAUUUACUCAUUUCCAUUGUCCAUGUACCAUCAUCAAUCCAACAAUUAUAAUGAGCCUUCGGGCCGCCUAUUAUUAUAAAAGGUUUCCAGUUCCAAAAUUAUUCAGGUCCUUUCCACC